AUGAAAGAGAACAAGGACGAUUGCGCGAGAGCUAAGGAGAGCAGCUCUCGAGCCUCCAAUGAUAGGGGCUUGGCCGAUGUGUCCGCCGACUAUGAAGGGUCUGCGCUCUGUACUUCUGGUGUCACUGGUUCGGGCCGAACCGCAGAUUGUUGCCAGAAAAUACAUGCAGUAAACGAAGCUACUGUGCCAAUCAACCUGAAUGGAGAGGUGACAGAACACACUGACGAGAGCGCAACUCCCCUGAAAGAAGCUUCUGAAAAUUCCCCCGAAAUUUGUUCCAUGAAUGGUGAUGAGGGAGAUGAUAUCACUGAGGUAGUGGAGGCAAAACAUGAGGUGGGAUCCCAUCUUGGAGAUACCAGCAAAUCAGCAAUGAAAUAUAUGAAGGACACGUGUGUUGGGACAAGAGACAACUGUACUCUGACCUCCAGAGAUAGAAGCUUGAUGGAUGUGACCGACGAUGAUGAAGCGUCUGCGCCCGGUACUUCAGAAAUUGUUCUGGGGGUGACCGAACAACCUGACGGGACUGGAACUCCGGUCAAAGAAGCCUCAGAGAUUGCCCCCGACAGUGUAUCCAUGAAAUAUGGUGACGAGUAUGAUGAUUUCACCGAGGCAGUGGAGGCAAAACUUGAGGCCGUCAAAUCAGUAGAGGAACUGAGCAGCCAAUUCGAGAGCGAAAUCGAGCCACUACCACCAGUGCAACCUCUGACCCCCAUGAGAUUCACGCCAGGAGCCCAUGCAGUGGCAGGAAGACCAUUCCAUUGUCGGCCACGUCAAAGCCAAAAUCAAACGAAUUCUGGCGCUCAAACUCGACAAGAAGAAGACCAACCUGUAGUCAUUGGUGGGGCAGUGCUAGUAUCAACGGGAUCGACUGCUUUGGAAGAGGGGGAAGCCAGUCAUGACCACUACCGCCGUCAAGUUUCAUCCUCCGAUGGAGUUGAAGAAGUAUUGGAAGCAUGCAUUCUACCAGAGAGAAAUCGCCAGCACAGUUCAGCGCGUCACAGCCGGUACAUGAAUUGGACUCUUGUGUUUCUACUGGCGAUCCUGGGUUGUUUGGCAGCCCUCUUGAUAAGUCUCCUCAUUGAUUCAUCGCCAACAUCGUCUUCUUCUUCUCCAGAUGGAAGUACUGGCACCACAGAAGCCAGUGCGGAAACAACACAAGGUGCUGCGCUUUUCGAACCCUUUCGCUCUGAUUUACCACCUUCAGUGAUUACUGGGAUCCAAGAGACUGGAAGUGACUACUACCUGGCAAAUGUAUGGAUGCAAGAAGAUCCAAACCUCCAUGAAUACUCAAAGCAAAGGCAAAUGCAGAGAUACAAAAUGGCCCUGUACUAUCACACUCUUGGUGGAGCCUACUGGUUUCAAAAUGACCAUUGGCUGUCCUAUGCUGUUCCAGAGUGUGAUUGGUUUACAAAACACAAUGAGGAACCUAUAUGCAAUGAAAACCACGAACUUGUCAUUUUCAACAUGACAUCCAACAAUAUGACCGGCCAGUUCUUUCAGAGCACAAACUUGAACUGGUCCAAGUUGCGUGUGUAUGAUAUCUCCUUCAACAAUCUGUAUGGUGUUCCGCCCGCAAUGGUCAGCUCUGGUGCAGACAACUUGGAAGUGCUGGUCAUCAGUCACAACCAAUUGUACGGCACGCUUGCUGCAGAAGGAGGAUUCUCAGCAUUCAAUCUAAGGGUCAUCAAACUGGAUGGCAAUCAGUUGUUUGGGGGUCAACCGAUGGUAUACCUUGCCUUGCCAAAACUAGAAGUCUUGAAUGUCAGUGGGAAUUUGAAUGCUAAAGAGUUGAACAAAUACCUCAAGUAUUGCAAGAACCUGACCUAUUUGGGUCUUGCUGACAACCUCUACCAGGGUACACUGCCUUCCGAGUUUGGACUCUUGACAAAGCUGCAAGAGUUUGAUAUAUCUGGCAAUGACAAGGUCACUGGAGUGAUCCCUAGCGAACUUGGAUUGUUGACACAGUUGACAAGGUUAAAUGUUGCUGGGACAUCUAUCCAAGGCAGAGUCCCCGAGUCCCUCUGUUCGAGAAACAACAUGUUGCAGGAGACAAGAAUCCAUUUCAAUCUGGAUGGAAAUUCGUCACUAGACAUUAUUGCCAACUGCAGCAAUGUUCAAUGCUGUGGUACUCUUUGA